AUGGCGGCGUCCACAGAACACGUUGAAGCCGCUUCCCCAGCGACAGAUCCUCCAGAAACGGACAAACAAGAAGCUCCAGAAACAGCCAGAGACCCCGAGACCUCAGACCCGGAGCCGGCCGCCGGGGACCCAGGCUCGGACCCGGAUGAAGACUCGGAGGACGGGGGCGAGCCGCCCGGGCCGGUGAUCCGGGACACCCCGCAGGACAUCCGUCUGGAGGCUAUCGCCAACACGGUGGCCCUGCACCCGAGCAGGGACGUGCUGGUGUGCGGGGACGUGGACGGGGACGUGUACGCCUACGCGUACUCGUGCACGGAGGGGGAGAACCGGGAGCUGUGGUCCUCCGGGCACCACAUGAAGUCGUGCCGCCAGGUUCGCUUCUCCGCGGACGGGCUGAAGCUGUUCAGCGUCUCGCGGGACAAGGCCGUGCACGUGCUGGACGCGGAGCGCGGGCAGCUCGUGACGAGGAUCCGCGGGGCGCACGAGGCUCCCAUCUACAGUCUGCUGCUGGUGGACGAGAACAUCCUGGCGACCGGGGACGACGCGGGGACCGUCAAGGUUUGGGAUAUGAGGAAGGGAACGGCCAUCAUGGAUCUGAAACAACACGAUGAUUACAUCAGUGGCAUCGCUGUGGACCAAAGCAAGAGGAUCCUCCUCACCUCCAGCGGCGACGGCACGAUGGGCGUCUUCAACAUCAAGAGGCGGCGCUUCGAGCUGCUGUCGGAGUGCCAGAGCGGCGACCUGACCUCGGUGGCGCUGAUGAAGCGCGGCAGGAAGGUGGUGUGCGGCUCCAGCGAGGGGACCAUCUACAUCUUCAACUGGAACGGCUUCGGAGCCACCAGCGACCGCUUCGCCAUCAAGGCCGAGUCCGUGGAGUGCAUCCUCCCCGUCACCGACAGCAUCAUGUGCACCGCCUCCAUGGACGGGUGCAUCCGAGCCGUCAACCUCCUCCCCAACCGCGUCAUCGGCUGCAUCGGGCAGCACGUCGGCGAGCCCAUCGAAGAGCUCGCCAAGUCCUGGGACACCCGCUUCCUGGCCAGCAGCGCCCACGACCAGCUCAUCAAGUUCUGGGACAUUUCCAGUUUACCCAACACGACCGUCAACGAGUACCGCAAGAGGAAGAAGAAGGACGGACGCAUGAAGUCUCUCACCAAGAAAGCCCACGGGGACAACGACUUCUUCUCGGGACUCGUAGAGGAAACGGAAAAGAAGGAGGAGGAGGAAGAGGAGGAGGAGGAAGAGGAUGACAGCGACAGUGGAAGCGAUUAGAAAGCAGCUGUGAUUCCGAUACCUGAACUUAUUUUUUCCGGCCGAUACCGAGUGCCGAUCCGAUACCAGUGUGUCGUAUAAUUUACAAUGUCUUGAACGCUACAGAACUUUCUUUCAUUAUCCAGUUUUGACAGUCA